AUGCCCCAGUCGGAACCCGCCGACGGCCGAGACAAGCCCGGCUCUCCUGCAGACGCAGGCACCGGAGGCAAGAGGCGCAGAAGCAGGAACGGCGAGGGCGGCGGCAGCAGCAGCACGAGCAAGCCCGGGGUCGGGGCGGCCGGCGAGAGCAUCGCCACGACGCUCGCGAAUGGCCCUCGCGGCGACGGCCUGCGCCGCUCGAGCAUCAGCAAGCCCGGCCGCGACCGCCGCGAGGAGCCGACGACGAAGCGCCAGAAGAGGGAGAAGCGCGACAAGCGCCGCCAGCCCGACGGCGACGACGGCAACAACGGCAAGCGAGACGACGGCGCGGCGUCGGGGCCGGGGUCGCGGUCGCGGUCUCGCGGCGGCGGCGCGGCUCGACCGGCUCAAGGGCGCCGUGCGCACCAUCCUCGAGGCCUCCUGGCGACGCCGGAGCGCUACGCCAAGGCCAUGCUCGAGUUCACGCGCGGGUACGAGCAAAACGUGCUCGACAUUGUCAACGGCGCCAUCUUCCAGGAGGGCCACUCGGAGAUGGUGAUUGUCAAGGACGUCGACAUCUACUCCGUCUGCGAGCACCACCUGGUGCCCUUCACCGGCAAGAUGCACAUCGGCUACAUCCCCAACAACGCCGUCAUCGGCAUCUCCAAGCUGCCCCGCAUCGCCGAGAUGUUCGCGCGCCGCCUGCAGAUCCAGGAGCGCCUGACCAAGGAGGUGGCCAACGCCAUCUUCGAGGUGCUGCGGCCCCAGGGCGUCGCCGUCGUCGUCGAGUCGAGCCACCUGUGCAUGGUGAUGCGCGGCGUGCAAAAGACGAGCAGCACCACCGUCACGAGCUGCAUGCUCGGCUGCUUCGAGCGCAGGGACAAGACGCGCAACGAGUUUCUCAGCCUGAUCAACGUCAAUGCCCGAUGA